AUUGCGCAAAAAAAGCCACCAUUCACGGAACACGAAGGGUGGUGCCUGGGCUGCGGAGUCCCCCAGUAAUAUCGGUCAGGUCUGGUAACCCCGCGCGACUCUGGCCGCCAUGGCACUGAAGCCGCUCGCCCCGCUCCUGCGCGGUUACCACGUGGUCCUGGCGAGCGCUUCGCCAAGGCGGAGGGAGAUCCUCGACCUGGCGGGCGUGGUUUUCGACGUCAUCCCCUCGCACUUCUCCGAGGUCCCGCCCCCGGAGCACAUGCUCCGCCCUCAGGACUUGGUGAUUGCAAAUGCCAAAGGGAAAGCCUUGGACGUCGGAAUGCGCCUAAGCCAGGCUGACCCGGAGACCCAGCACCUCAUCAUUGGAGCUGACACCAUUGUGGCCAUGGAGGGGCAGAUCAUGGGGAAGCCCUGCGACCGUGAAGAUGCACUCCGGAUGUUAACCAGGCUGAACGGUCGUGAGCACAGUGUCAUCACCGGUGUCGCCAUCAUCCUUACAGGUGGAGCAGGCACCCGCGACACAGAGGUGGUGGUGGUCUUCCACGAGGAGACGCUGGUGACAUUCUCGAAGCUGUCGGAUGAGCUUGUGCAGGAGCAUGUGGAGGGCGGGGAGCCCUGGGACAAGGCGGGCGGCUACGGGCUGCAGGCGCGGGGCGGAGCGAUAAUGGCAGAGGCCGUGCGGGGUGACCCCCUCAACGCAGCGGGGCUCCCUCUCAACCGGCUCUGCCGCGAGCUGGGGCGCCGGCUGCUGCCUUUGGGACCAGGACAGGAAGUGGAGUCACAGACAUGAAGUUAUGUCAUCACAGCCAAGGUGACAGGAAGUAAUGUUACAAACAGGACCCCUGUGUGACCACCCCCACUCCCGACCCAACCCCCGCCCGGGUCAUGGUGUAAUAAAGGCCGAUAAGGUGGACAGAGUUUC